AUGUAAUAUUCUCAACCAUAAUACGAUCGACCCCCCUACGAGGCAGUGUACCAUCAAAAUCAAUUUAAUCAAUAAAAUUAAGGACCUUACUAAAAUUAAAUGGCAGUUUAUCCAUAGUAAUAAGGUGGAUAUCCUCCUAAUUAAAUUUAAAAUCCAUAAUAUUAAGGAUAACCUUAUUAAUAAGUAUAUCCAAAUCAGUUUCAAGGUAACUAUCCACCUUAAUCAACUAAUAUUGGGUAUAUUUUUAUCAUUCUCAUAUUAGUUUUAACUUUUAACCUGGUAUAAUCUUGGAAGGAGAUAAAUUAUGCUUUUAUUGUAAUAGGCCAUAUAAUCUUGUAUAAUAAAGAAAAAUUGGAGGAUAAGUUUUUCUGGCAUUUCUGUUGCUUUUAAUAUUUUUCUGGCCUUUGUGCUGGUUGCCAUUUGUCAUGGAAGACUGCAAAGAUAAAUAUUAUUAUUGUUCAUAAUGUGGUAAAUUAAUAUAUAAAAGAUAAUAUACUAUGAUGAGUUGA